AUGCAAGCCGCCGUCACCGAUCACCCUCCGCCCGACCUUGAUAGCACUUCGGACACUGAAUCUGCCGAUACUAUCAUCGAUCCAGUCCAAGACACUGUCAGUUCCGAUGAGGGUUCGGACUCUGUUGUUCUGGAUGAUCCCGAGGCUUCCGUUCCCAAGAAUCAGGAUCUCAUGUCCCCCAUGCCUGUGUACUUCAAGACUGUGGUCCUUGAUCUUUUCAAGAAGCAGCUUCAAAAGGACAACAAGGAGCACUUGAUCCCCAAGGUGUAUAUUGCCAUUUCUCAUGGAGUGGUGAAGGUUGGCUGUACUGAUCCUGAGUGUCAGGCUGCCUCGGAACAAGGGUUUACUGUUCAGUGGACACCUAGCAGCAAGACCUACCGCCCUAUGGCCUGGAGAGCCCUCACCUUCGCCCUCCAAAAGGAAUGCAACAUUGCCGAGCCUGUUCCGGUCCACAAAGGGACUCCUUUGACCCGUCAAAGCCGAUCCGUUCGACACCAACUUGAUGGUACUGGAAGUAGUGGUGUCGCCACCAUUCCUUCGAUCUUGCAGGACGUCUCGAAUGUCUCUUGGGAUAGUAUGACCGACUGUCUCGGUUCUGGAAAAGGACACUCACUGUCCCGAGCCUUGCGGUCGGUCCCGUUCAUGAUCAAGCCCGAACUCAUUGUUUCUAUCGAGUUCAAAGCAACAGGCCAGUUUAUUGUUCAAAGUAUGGGAUGUCCGAUUUGCGAACAGUCGGAUUCUGAAGAUAUCCACUCGACCUUUACACUCGAAUACUUCCCGGCAGCUAUGUCCUUCACACUUGAGCCUGGACACUGUCAGUCUGUCCACGGAACCCUCAACAGUGACAUUGCUAACAACCUGGCGACGUGGCAUCGCAAGCUAUCGGACUCGACUGUCGAUGUAGACGAUCAAAUGGAGGUCAUGAAAACCGACGUCCAGGAAAUCAUUGCAGCAUCAUUUGCCAGCUCGUUCAUCACCGGCUUCAGUCCACAGACUGAUCAAAGAGGAUUCAACAUUGAACUCAAUGGCUCCUGCUUCUUUUGCAAGACCAGUGGAGUCGUGCUCAGUGGAUCCAUCACCUCCGAAGGAUUCCGAUUCCGAUGCUCAAAUUGCAAUGUCGAGGACCCAACAGGCCCAAAGCGAUUCCCCAUCGACCGCUACAUGUGGAGCAAUCCCUCCAGCAGCUUCACCCAGUACAUCAAGCAAAUGAAUACCCAGUGUGAUGUCACUGCUCAGGCAGCUCUGUGCUUCAAGGAUUAUCUCACCAACACCACUGGAAACGCCGAGCUGCUUGAUUUCCUUGCUUCUGUGUUCGGGGACGUCUGGUUGCACGAUCGUGAUCGCCCCGGCAACUGGUACCAUUUCAACGGAGUGUACUGGGAAAGGUCCAACGGCAACAGCGAACUCAACAACCUUGUGCUCGAUUACUUGAGACGAAUCUUCAGGAGGGCCCUGGAGUGGUACUCGGACCUCGAAGGACGCGACCUUCCACAUUCUGCAGAAACCAUCGGCCACUUUGAGCGAAUGAAACAGAAGAUGGUGGACUCUGGUUUUGUAAGCCAACUCGUCAAUGGCGGACUGUCACAUCAACUGUCGGUCAAGUUUCCCGAGUUCAAGCAACGCAGGAACAAGAAUCCUUUGCUGCACGUCACCAGGGACGGAACCCUGGACUUGACCACGAUGGUGUUUCGACCCAGUAGACCCGAGGACUACUUCACGAUGUGGUCGAGCGCUUAUUACAACGACCAAGGGACUGAAGCCGUUCUUAGAGCCAUGGAUCACUUGAACGAAAUCAUUCGCAGCAUCUUUGUGGAUCCGGACCAAUUCGAUUGGAACAUGCGCUACUUUGCCAGUCUCCUGGAUGGCAACAACGACGAGCAGUUCCUGGUCCUCGGCAUCGGCAGCUCUUCCAACGGCAAGUCACUUAUGGCCAAGAUUCUCCGGAUGACCCUUGGCCCGGUGUACUCCAGCAUGUUGACCAGCUCCUACCUCCAUACAA